AUGGCCCAGAAAACGUUAACUUUCGUUACGGGGAAUAUAAAGAAGUUGGAAGAGGUUAGAGCAAUAUUAGGCAACAAUUUCCCCUUAGAAGUUACUAGUCAUAAAUUAGAUCUACCCGAAUUACAAGGCGAGAUUGAAGAAAUAUCUAUAAAGAAGUGCCAAGAAGCAGCGCGUCGGCUAAACAGACCCGUUUUCAUUGAAGAUACGUCACUUUGUUUCAAUGCUCUAAAAGGAUUACCUGGACCUUAUAUAAAGUGGUUCUUAGAUAAAAUUCAUCCCGAGGGAUUGCACCAACUUCUAAAUGGGUGGGAAGAUAAAUCGGCCGAAGCAGUAUGUACUUUUGCAUACUCCCCUGGUAAACCCGAAGAUGAAGUUUUAGUCUUUCAAGGGAGAACUCAAGGUACUAUAGUGUCUCCUAGGGGAACACGAGACUUUGGUUGGGAUUGCGUUUUCCAGCCCGAUGGCUAUAAUGAAACAUAUGCUGAACUACCAAAGGAAGAAAAGAAUAAAAUAUCACAUAGGUACAAAGCUUUAGAUAAGCUUGAACUUAUUUUAUGCAACAAAGUUAAUAAAGUUACUUUAUUAAGAUACUAG